CAAGCCUUUGUUGUCUUCAGCGGCAGUUUCCAUCGCAUCGCUUUCUCCAAAAAGAAUGGGAAGGGCUAGUCCGUAGUGCGGGGUUCCUGCAUAUUCGUGUUUUCUCUACUGCAUUGCGUCAUCUUUUGCCUUGCGAUAUAAGAGAAAUCAACACUUAUUGGAUUCAACAACAUUGGCAGAGGCCUUUAUCGUCUUAAUACGAAACCAGGAAAAGCGUCGUAAAGUCCCCAGUUCGCCAACAUGUUCUCAUCUCUAGCGCGCAUACCUCAGCUCACCUCUCUUUUCUCUCUCUUGAUCAUCACAACUUUCUUUUCCCCAGCCACAGCGAAUUGGAAGUACAAAUCCCGCCCCGACCUCUCCCCACCAACCCUAAACAUUACCACCCCCGCCACCUUCGCUAUAUCCCCCGGCUACAUCUUCGUCGCGCCUUACUCGUUCCCAGGCUGGGACCCACCCCUCCCACACGGACCUCUUCAACCAGGCCCCUACAUCUUCACCUCCAGCGGCGAGCUCGUAUGGUCCGGCUUUGGCUACAUCAGCGGCUACGUCGCGAACUUCCAAGCUGCAAACUGGAAAGGCGAGGAAGUCCUCUUCGCAUUCGAAGGGAGUUUGAAUGGGGAAAAGGGGCAUGGUCAUGGACACGCCACAAUUUUAAAUGGGAGCUACGAGUCGAUUAAACAGGUGAGGGGGGCAGGGAGUAAGGUGUUGGAUGUGCAUGAGUUUCAGGUGUUGGAUGAGAGGACAGCGGUGGUGGAGAUUUAUAGACCCACGCCGUUUGAGUUGAAGAAGUUUGGGGCGGGGCCGCGGAGUCAGUGGAUUGUGGAUGCCGUGUUCCAAGAUAUUGAAAUCGAGACCGGUCGCCUCUUAUUCGAGUGGAGCAGUCUUGAUCACGUGCCUCCAGAAGAAUCUGUCUACUCAAUCGCCUCAUUAGCAUUCGGAACCGGCUACAACAGCUCUGAUGCCCUCGACUACUUCCACAUCAACUCCGUCGACCGCGACGCAGACCACAAUUACCUAGUGUCUGGCCGCCACACGUCAACCAUCUACAAGAUCAACGGUACCUCCGGUGCCAUCAUCUGGCGCCUCGGCGGCAGGCACUCCAAUUUUACUCUAGCCCCCGGCGUCGCCUUCAGCUUCCAACACCACGCCCGCUUCAUCUCCCACUCAAAGGAAGGGGACAUUGAGAUCAUCAGCCUCUUCGACAACUCCGGCCCCGAACUAAACGGCAAACGUGGCGAAUACGCCAACGAAUCCAGUGGCAAACUCCUUUCUCUAAACACGACAUCCUGGACCGCGGCACUGAUCCAGGACUUUCCAGCGCCACACGGCGUCUUUGCUGUCUCGCAAGGCAACACUCAAAUCCUCCCCAAUGGCAACGCCUUCGUCAGUUGGGGUUCCGCUGGCGCCAUCACUGAAUACUCGCCCGACGGUACGGUAAUCUUCCACGCGUACCUCGAAAGCGGCGACCUCUGGGCCAACGGCAACGUGCAGAACUACCGCGGCUUCCGCUUCAACUGGACUGGGGUUCCUCACGAGGACCCAGCUGUAGUGGCGUUAAGGCAUGGGGAAAGCACGGUGGUGUAUGUGAGUUGGAAUGGGGAUACUGAGACGGACGUUUGGGCCUUUUACGGGGUUGAUGCGAAGGGGAGAGAGAUUAUUGUCGGGGAGAAGAAGAGGGAGGGGUUCGAGACGAGCUUUUAUGUAUGGAGUGGGAAGAAGUGGAGUGGGUUCUUUGCGGAAGCGGUGGGGAAGGAUGGGAAGGUGAAGAGGAGGAGCACGAUUGUGAGGCCUGAGAAGUACAUAUAUAAGUAUGUGCCGGGGAGGGAUGACUUGGUUUACCAGCAAGGCCUAGACGAGCUAUAGCGGGCGGGCUAGUGGGUCUUGAAGGGCUGUGCAGAUACAGUGAGUACAGACACAGUAGUAAGAUUGCCUACAUGCUUCCGAAAAUUUGUAAGAAGUGUAUCUAUGCACAUGUUGAAGUAUUCCAAGCAGCGACGAAGCAGUGAACGCAUACAUAGGUUGUACAUGAUUUACAGUCUC